GGCUGACACCUCUGUCUAUUGAUGUCUCUCCGAGCCUUUUGUUCAAAAACGACUGCAGGAGAGAGGUUUGCUGAGAGAAAGAGGGGACACACAUCCAAACGCGAGGUAGAUAAUUUGAAGGCAACACAUCCAUAUCUACUUCGGCGCAAGGAAGAGGAACCUGGACGAAGUUAGAGUAGGAUUGGCUCAGCCCUUGUUGCAAAUGAGUGUGGCGCUGCGGGGUAGAAAGCCAAAGACUGUUGAGAAGCGCACUCCGGUCGGGCAACUGGAAGGCAUCGUUUUAGUUGUGGAAGCACAAGCAUCAGUCUCAUCAGCGGGAACUAGUGGGUGACUACUUGUACUACUCCGUGACUCAGUUUGCACCCGUGCAAAAUAAAUCCAUUUAAAAUGGGCAACCAGCUGCAGAUGCAGACCACGUGUGUGGACCAGUGCAACCGCUUGAUGGUCGAUAUGGGGCUCUCAACUGUUACAUUCUCAACUGUUACAUGAUUUGUCAUGCAAAAGCACCAUCACAAUCCUCACGAUCAAGCUGCUCCAAUGGUUUGACAUCUGUGGUCCGCGCACUUGCCUUUUUCGUCCGUGCCGCAGGUAAGGCACAAAUGGUCCAGCCUCCCCUGUCCGGGUGGGGUUGCGGCUUAAGGGAGAGUCUCGCCCCUUAGCCCAAAGGGGUACGUCGUCUCUUCCGUGAGAGCAAAAACGUAUGGCGUAAAAUGGGUCGGGUCCUGGAUCGUUCUGUAUGUUGGGCUGUCGCGCUCGGCUAGCUGGCCGGGCUGUACUGAUCAGGUGUGGUGGGUAGCUCCCGACUGGUUGGCACUUUUAUUGGGGCGACUUGCCGUGGUAGCGCUCGGCUUUUGUAUGAUGAGGUCGCCGAAAGUGCUUCCUCGCCCACCCCCCGGGGAGGGGAUCCUUGACCUGUGGCGCUGGGUGCGGGUGUCCACUACAUGAUGAUGAUGAAGCUGCUCCGCAUGACAAAUUUGGGAAGGCCUAAACCGCACCUAAGUCUGUGCGGAAUUUGUAAUGCUACAGGUGCAACCUUUCCCCUUCCACUUUUCCAAUUGUUGCAUCACAAAUUCAUGUAACAGUUGAGAAUGUAACGUUUGAGAACUCCAUAGUGGAUCUGCACGACAUGGCAGGUACGCAACCCUUCGCCAGAGAUCCGGGCGACAGCGACGAGGUACAUCUCGCGACGGAGCGAGACAUGCCGUUGUUGACGCCACUUACCGAAGGGGACCAGGGAAUAGAGGAAGAGGGGGCAGUGCUGGCGGAUGACGUACAAAUAGAAAGAGCUGUAGAUGACUCACUUUAGUCCACAGAUCAUUCUAUUCUCUUCAAUAUCGUACUAUCGGUUCCAUGCAUAACGCAUCCCGCUGCUGAUGCCUGAAUGGGCAUGACAACACUCAACACCAGGUGAAAAAACCGCCACCCGCAAGUAAUAACGUCACGUCUUCUGGCCGACUGAGCAGCUCUUCCACCUCGGAAGGCAAGAAUGCCACCAUUCCAGCAUCACAGUCACCAGCGCCAGCUGCUUCCACAAUAGGCGCGUCAACUGCGAGCAGAGCAUCUGCUUCCGGCGCAAAGUCAGCAUCAGCAGGUGGUCCAGCACCACCGCCAGCAACUGCAGCUGGUCUGACAGCAUCACAGAACACAAAUCGGACCUCGGCAACAACGGCGAAUAAUGCACCAGUGAGUAAAAGACCAACAACUGCCGACCCUGCGAUGGUGUCGCAGCUGGUCGCGAUGGGAUUCUCCGAGGACGCAGCAAAAAAGGCUUGUAUAGCAAUAUGCAUUGCAAAAGUAUCGUACUAGUUACAGUUAGUAUAAAUUGCAUCACAAACUGAAACUUUUACUUUGGCAAGAAGAAAAGCGAAAUUUGUGAUGCUGCUUUACCUAAGCUAGGAGAUUUGUGAUGCAUGACUGCAAUCAGUACGAGUGCGAUACUUUUGCAGUGCAUAGGCAACGGGGAACAGUAACUUGCAGGACGCGAUGGAAGCGGUAUAAUGUUCUACUAGAUAUUUUCACUGCAUGAGAAAUUUGUAUUUGUCAUGCGGGGAGGCGAAGAUCAAGAUUGUUGAACUUGAACAGCCUAUGGAAAAUCCCACCUUAGGUGCUCAGCGCCGACGAUCAGCAAGAGCCUUCACCCGCCGCGCAGCCAGCACAAAAGACCGACGACGAGAAAAUCAAGGACCUCAUGAACCUCGGGUUUCCCAAGGCACAGUGUGCUGGUGCGUUGAAGCAGGCCAAGGGGAACGCGGAUUUAGCUGCAAGUAUCUUACUGGGUGCUGGAUAG